AUGGACGAACGACGGAUCUGGCUCCUUGUCACAUCUCAGCAACUGCUUGCACACCUAGCUGAGGCCGGCCCCUCUAGGCCUCUUUGGCAGCAUAAGAUACAUGUAGGCCACAGCGGCGGGGGACAGCCAGUGGCAAAUAUGUGGAAGCUGGAAAAGUCAACAUGCAAGAGUAUCUCCUACCUAUACCAUACGGGGAGCCGUUCUUGCUCAGUCGCACCUCCGGAUACUGCUACCUCCUACGACGCCGACACUUCCCACUCGCUCGUAGGAGGUAUCAGCGACUCGACCUCUCAUGAAUGCAUCGCAAUGCAUUUGCUUGUUGCGUGUGUCGGAAGCCGGCGGAAGUAUAGUUCUACAGACACGCGAAUCUUUGAUCUACAGGUAGCUAUAGACAUUUUUGAAUACCAGUAUACCAGUACACCAGUGCACCUCGUUCACUCGAGCCAUAGCACAAGCAGACAUCAUCCGCUGGCCAGCGGACCAGGCCAGCCGCAACUCGGAGAACAUGAGCACAACCUGGAAGCUGAAUCCCCUCAUAUUAUUAAUACUGCCCCUGCCCCGCUCGCGAGUUGCCGCAUUAAGAACGAUGCGCAGUGCAACAGCUGGUCUCGCUCAGUAGAUUCAUCAACCGCGAGUGAUGGUACAGUGGCCUGUCACACGCGGCUACUGAUCCAGCACUGGCUACAGCCCUGGGCAAGUAAGCCAUAG